AUGGUUUCCGAAACGGAGGACGUCGAGAAGACCUCAUCUGCAACCCACAAAGAGGACAUCGAGAAGACCUUAUCUGCAACCCACAUCGCAGCGGACCAAGCAGUGAUUAACUCCUUGAAGAUCACGUCAGCCGACACUGUUUACAACGAUGAGGCCAUAAAAGUCCUUGCUCAGGAGCACGGAGAUGAUGCAUGGUCCCCUGAGGAGGAAAAAAGGCUUCUCCGGAAACUGGACUGGCAGCUCCUUCCCAUUUUGUGUUUCACAUAUGGCUUACAGUAUUAUGAUAAAGCCAUGCUCUCGCAAGCAGCCAUCUUCGGCAUCAGAACUGACCUAGAUCUCAACGUCGGAAAUCGAUACAGUUUCAGCUCUGCAAUCCUCUAUAUCGGCUUCCUAUUCGGCUCUUAUCCCUGCUCCCUACUUGCACAGAAGUACCCGAUUGAACGCGUUGCCGCUGGCCUAAUAUUUGUAUGGGGCAUCUGCCUCAUGGCCACCGCCGCAUGUACCAAUCACCAAGGUCUCUGGGCGCAGCGCUUCCUCCUCGGCUUGCUCGAGGGUGGUGUCUCCCCUAUCUUCAUGAUCGUCGUCGGCGGUUGGUACCGCAAGCAGGAGCAAGCACUACGCAUGGGCGCGUGGUUCUGUUGCACGGGCUAUGCCGGCGUCGUCUCACCCUUAAUCAACUACGGCCUUGGACAGAUCAAGGGUUCGCUGAGCCCGUGGAAGUACAUGUACCUUGUCGCCGGCGCCAUCACGAUCAUAUGGGCUGUAGUAGUAUACUUCUUUCUCCCUCCCGAUCCUAUCCGAGCAAGAGGUUUCACACCCCGUGAGCGGUAUAUCGCCGUGGCGCGCAUGCAGGAGAAUAAUACCGGGGUGCGUAAUACCCACUGGAAGGGCGAGCAGGUCAUGGAGACCCUACUUGACGUCCGCUUUUGGCUGCACUUCUUUAUCGCGCUGCUGAUGAUGGUCGGGAACGGACCAUACUCGACGUUCACGCCAAUUAUAGUGCAAAACUUUGGUUUGAAUCCGCUGAACACUCUACUGCUUACCAUUCCAGCUGGAUUUAUCACGGGUUGCAUUGAGCUCGCUGCCGCUUUUGCCGCCUACAAGUUCAAGAACAAGAGAUGUAUUAUUAUGUUAUGUUGUCAAGUACCAACAGUUGUCUCGUGUAUAUUGCAGUGGCAGCUUCCGCGAAGCAACAAGGGUGGGCUUCUCUUCGCCGCGUAUAUCAUUGCUUCUUUAGGAGGCACUUAUGCGGUCCUCCUCGGUGUAGUCAUGGCAAAUAGCGCUGGUUAUACGAAGAGGACGUUGAACGCUGCUGGUGUCUUCAUCGGCUAUUGUGUUGGGAAUCUCAUUGGGCCAUUGCUCUUCAAGCCGCAAGAUGCACCCGCAUACGCUCCUGCCUUCAUCGGCGUGCUCGCGACGGCUCUGGCGACCAUGGCUCUGAUUGCCAUAUACUGGUAUCUCGCAGUUCGGGAUAACGAUAUUCGUGACGAGGCUGGUAUUCCAGAAGGCUUUGACCAUGCAUAUGAGGAUGAUCUCACUGACAGGAAGAACCCGCAAUUCCGGUACACAACAUAGAGAAUUGGAGUACAAGUUAUUGCGGUUUUGUUCACGCUUUUAUGCUCAUUUGGG